CUGACUAGUUCAAAAUGGCGUCGUUGUGGACCGGCAUUUUUUUUCAAUGUCUUUCUUGGAACUUAAUCUGCCGCUCUGAUGGAGCUAUUGUAUGCAUACCGAACUCAUACACUAUCACCGCGGGGAUCAGAUCCACAGUAUCGGACGUGUUCGCCACUCUCAGCUGUAGCACAACUUCAGCAGCCACACUCACAUACUCUAUUGAUGAAAGCAAAGACGGCUACUCAUACUUCAAAAUGGACGGUUCAAGUCUGAUGUUAGCCCACCGAAUCGACGUGGAGGAUGGGCUCAACACGUGGCCAGUGGAGAUCAUCGUUUCUGAUGGAAAUUCCCCUGAUGUGAUCGUUCCGGUUACCGUCAACACAUUUACGUCUACAACAACAACAACGACAACGCCCCCUCCACCGGGCUAUAACUGGUUUGAAAGCGACAACAAUACAAUCCUCUUCGGGGUCACCAUGGGGACGAUCGCCUUGACGACCAGUCUCUGCGUCGUCUUGUGUUUCCGUUUCCACCGGAAGGGCACGUGCCUCCCGAAGAGUUGUCCGGAGUAUAACAAGUGCCUGGCCAGCUUCCGGCGUCAGGUCACGUGCUGUCCACUGCCAACAGGCGGCGCUAAACGGAAGCCGGAGGAACCAGAUGAUGAAGUGGACGACACCGUGUAUGAGGAGGUAUUUCCGGCCGGACCGAAACCAGACGAACAACCGAAGAAAGCCAAACAGAAAGUGAUCGACGACAUUGAGCGGGGUUUACCAGCUGUGUCGCCCAUGCUGAUUACCAACGCGAAACUUCGGGACGCGGGAUUUGACGGCAUGCGAGAACCCGGAUUCAACGCGCCUAUCAACACGUCAUAUGGCGGGAAACAGCGCACCAUAUCAAGAGUGUCCGCCAAGAAAUUCUAGCUCGAUAGUUGUUUUAUUUCAGGUGACCAGAUAUGUCCGGGACCCGUAUUUACAAAGAUGAAAGCCCGUAAAUGAAUAACAUUCAUUAAGAUUUUGGCUAUUUAAUGUAAAAGUACUUUAACAUUUAAAUGGUACAAGGAAAGUGUUGUUUUCUUUUCCUACACAUUUUAUUUUUAGAUUGCAAGUGUUGACCUAUGCGAAAAAAGUAUUGCAAUGUUAUGACAUCGUAUUAACUGUAAAUACUAAUUAACAAUAUAUAUUCAAUACGCAUGCAGUUCCAGAUUUUUGUUUGUUUGAUAUAGAAGAAAUAAACAAUCUCUACCUGCGGUAUUGUUUCAUGACAAGACUAACCCAUUAAUGCCUAGUGGACUCUCCCAUCCUUCUAAGUUGGAUCAAUUUAUUUCCAAAAUUAGGGAUGUCUAGUUUAUUUAUUUCUAUAUUUAGACAAUUCUUACAGAAAUUCCUUUAAGCAAACAGCGUACACCCAAAUGAGACGCCGCAUCAUGUGUACGCUGUUUGCAAUGUCCUUUUUUCAGGACACUAGGCAUGAAUGGGCUAAAAUCAACAUACCUAUUUAACAGCAAGUUAGUUAAAGAUUGAAGUGCUUAUCUACCUUUCCCUCAUUAUAGGAACGUAUUCAUUAUAGUACAUAUAUUUUAGCUACACUAUUCAGCCGAAAGUUGUAAUUGUCGCAAAAUAUGUAAUUCGAAACAGCCCAUUUGUUUUUAAUAAAGUUGUUUUUAUCAGGAUGCUCAUAUGCAUUUUCUUUUAUAUAUUUGACAACAUAUAAUAAGUUCAUACGGAUAUUGCUGCGCCCAAACUCCAUUGAAAUAAAACACUAAAUAUAAAUAAUACUACCAUAACAAUCAAUGUGUGAAAAAAGACUGGAUUCACAGACUGGCGAAAUGACAUCCUCAUAACUUAGUUUCAGUGCAAAGUUUUUGUAGCGAUUUGUGUCAAUUUGUUUGUAUUCGUUCAUAAGAAAGAAUAACACUUAAUAUAUACAUGUUACCUUUAUACGAAAUACGUGGUUGUUGAACUAAAAUUGAUAAUCUUUUCAAUUGCAUAACCGUUGUUUAUUUAUUUAUGACACAUAUUUUUACUAUGCACUGUUUCCUCAUAUCGUCAGCUGUAAAAAUGUAACAUG